AUGUCACUACGGCACCUCGUCCUCGCCGUCCUUUGCUUCCACUCAAUCGGUGUGGCACUGGCGGCGGGGAUGGUUCACCAAAGGAGACAGACAUCAUCUUCUGCAGUUUCAAAUCAACGUAUUAUCGACAAUAUCGAUACAGAUAUUGUAUAUGCUGGCGCUUGGAUGACAAGGGGAGAUCGACUGGUCGAUGGGAGAAAUGCAAGCUACUAUGGCGGCUCUGCUAGUUCGUCCGCGACACACGGCGAUUCUUUUACACUCAAAUUCAAUGGUGAGAAUAGCAUAUGCCUUCCAAACCUCCAAAAGCUGCUCACACUACGACCAAAUGCAGGCUCGUCUGUGACUUACUACGCAUCUUCGUCGCCCAACCAAGCCAAAUUCACUGUACAUCUCGACGGGCGUCACGUUGGAACAUGUACGACCGGCACCACGCCAACCUUUGCCUCCAACGUCGCGCUAUGGACAACCGACUCGCUUUCGCUUGACAAAGAGCACACACUCGAGAUUUCACACGACGACACGGAUGGGACACUGCUCGUCGUUGACAGACUCACGGUCACUCUCCCGGCUAACUCUCCCCCUACCACUCCACCAAACAACGUCGACACCAGCGCCUCCUCGAGCUCUUCCUCCAUCCCGGUGUCAGCUUUUGAGAGUUCAAGGUCUGGACCAUCCAAGGGUGCAAUUAUUGGCGCCGUAUUUGCUGCUGUGAUUGGCGUAGCACUCCUUUUGAUCCUCUUCGUCUUCUUCAUGCGCCGCUAUCGUCGCCAACAGACAGAACAGCCUCCUACAUCCAGCAGCGUGACGAGCAUCUUUGGUGGAGCAGGAUGGAGGCAAGCCAAGGCGAGGAGACAAACCAGUGUCAGCGUCGUGGGCAAUAAAUGGGAAAAUGCCGGGGCGCGACCAAAGUACCAUGGCGUGGCGGGGUUUUUAGCCAAAGUCCGUGAUAACGGCUCGGCGCUUGUGGCGGAUGCUGGGAGCAAGAUCAACGUUCGACGGAAUACACAGCCGACAGAUGAGCGAGGGACGUAUUUGGAAGAUCGAAAGGAGCCAGUCGUCCCGCGCUUGUACCAUGCCUACAAGUCGGGAGCACUCGAAUCGAUGACGGCGUAUGGGAUGCCUGGGUACAAGUUGCAAGAUCCGUCGACUGCUCCUCCCGCACCAACUGCCCCCUUCCAAAUCCCUGUAAAGGGGUCGCCGACAAGAUCGCCUGUUUCGACUUCGUAUACAAACUCUACACUCAUGAACCAUCAAACUUCCAAUUCCAUCUCUCAGACAUUCCAAAUACCUCCGGCAGUCAAUCCAUUUGGCACCCCAAAGCCGACAUAUCCACCACCAAACCAUCCACUCACGCUCAAGUUCGAUGUCGAGUAUCAACAAGCCGUUACCGGCUCUGCUACUACUGCCGCGACACCCGCACAAGCCUAUGCGUCGCAAUUUCGGAAAAAUUCUUCACUAUCGUCUAGUUCUCCUGUGCGAGAUAUUGGGUUUACAAGCCCUAGCACGGGAAACGUCGUGCAUGCGCAUCCGUAUAGCAUCGCCGGCGGCGUUGGAAAUGACCCCGUGACCCACCCAUACGCUUCUGCACACUCGAAUCAUCCUUAUGCAUCCUAUGGACAAGAAUAUACAGGCGCAGCGGAUUCGUCGUCGACGAUUGGACUCACAUUUGGAGUUGGCAACGCAUCUACUGGCCGAAACGCGAGCGGAAGGUCGAGUGCGAACGAUGGCGCAUCUGCGAGUAUUGCAAGUCACGCCGAGUACGAAGGAGGACGAGGAUCGAUCGAUAGCCAAACCCAUUACCAAGGCUUUGGACAACGUCCACGGCCUGGCGCAGCCGAGUUUGGGUUCGGAAGAACUCGAAGCGCGUCGUCGUCUCAUGCAUCGUUGACAAACUGGAGUGGUGCCCCAAGGCUCGGCGGUAGCACUCAAGGCUCGGAUCGGCAUGCAUCGGAAUCACUCGUGUCGGAUGGAGAUGGAGUGGUAGGGUCAGGGACAGGGACAAGACCUCGCUCCAUCUCCUUGUCCAACUCAAUCCUUGGAGGCGCUGCAACGUCGUAUGAAGCAGCGUUGCAACAGAUGCGUGAGCAGCGACAACAAAAACAACCGCAUACGAUUUACCCAUCGUUAUCGAAUUCGCAUUCGCGAUCAGCGAGCAAUUUGCAGUCCCACUCUGCGAAUAAUUCGGUCACGUCGUUGUCGUAUUACCCGGACGCGACGUCUGCAGACGGGCUUGCGAAGUCUUACGUCCCGACAAUACUUGCUCGGCCAGAGUCGAGAGCGAGCACGAAGAGUAGUAAACGCUUCUCAAAUCAGCUCUUCUCGCGAUGA